AAACAGUUCCAUUCUUCUCGAUGUUCAGCUGUUGAUUAUGGCUACCCUUUAAUUUCUUAGACCCAUACACUCAUUUGCUUCAGCACAUAGAAACGACGAAGCACAUCUUGCGUUUAUCAAAUGUCUGUUUCUAAAACAAACAAGCAGUUACGUCACUUGAGGGAAUUCAGUACCAUUUGGAAGCAAUUAGUCGCUACGGUAUAGGACAAACAACUCCGUCGGGGAUUUGAGGAUUAGGCUACUUUUAACCAUUUGUGUUUCCACAAGAACUGAAACACGAGAGACUUAGUGAUUUUGCUUAACAACCUCAGUGUUUAAUCAUGGAGUAUAAAGUUGAGGCGCAUCGGAUUAUGAGUAUUUCACUGGGGAAGAUUUACAACUCCAGGGUUCAACGUGGUGGGAUCAAACUACACAAAAAUCUACUGGUCUCCCUGGUUCUACGUAGUGCCCGGCAAGUAUACCUUCGUGACUACUACGGCGGGAUAUGCCUGAGUGCUCAGCAAGCAAGAGAGUGGUGUGAGGGAGAGUACAUGGACUCAGAACAAGACAAAUUGGUCCCUGGUUCGACAGAGAGCCUGCCUGAAUCAGACGGGCAAAGUGAGGUGGCCGUGGACAAGCAGGAGCCCAGCAAUGUGGUCGAAUCCCACGCGGCACUGGACGUUGAAUCUGAAGCGAGUGGUGAGCAAGAUCACGCCGAAAAUGGAGUUUUGGAUUCAGGAUGCAGCGAGCUGAAAACACCGGAAGAGAGCCCAGAGGCUAGUCCUACAUGUGAGGUCUCCAAUGUUGUUACUACUAUCUCAUCCAACUGUAUUAGUGGUCCCCCUCCGAGUAAUCCAAAACAGGCUACAGAGACGCCGAUCGGCUGCCAGACGGACGACGGUGAAUCAGUGGAGGAAAAUUUGCACGAGCCCAUAGUGCCCCAUACUUGCACUAACAGGAAACGGAGUGCCGACGACUCUGAACUCACAGACUCCCUGCCGAAAAAAACGAAAGUAAUGUCCUCAACUCUAAUUUCUAAAAACGACGAAAAGAAAGCGGAAACCGAAGAAAUGGACACCAGCAAUGUCUCGAGUUUGAUAACAAUAUUCGGUUCCAGUUUUUCUGGACUCUUGAGUAGUGAAGACGGAGCGCAGCCCGAUUCCGAGGCAGAGGACAGUGACUCAGGACAAAUCUGUUGUGAUCAAAUGUUAAAAAACCUCAACCCUUGGAGUACUGCAAUUGUCGCUUUUUAAACAUUGAAACUGUGGUUUUGACCUCUUGGGGAUAUUUAAUAAAGCUGGAACAUGAAGCAAAGUUCCACCAACUUCCCCCACAAACACGUGGUGGACUGAGUACCUAGUAAAUGUGGAGUUCCCCAAACAUCAUAAUGAAAGUAGGCCUACUGUAGUAGCUAUUUACAUGGAACAUCUAUUGAAAGAAUGUUCGAGAGGUGCUUUAGGAAGUGUUAAAAAUGUUAACGAUGGGCUCUUGAUAGUCAACACUUUGAAACGUGCUUCUACACAAGUCGUCUACAUUGUAACGUACCAAAAGCGCCAUGUAUCAAUUCUUAAAAUGUAACGUUAUCCUUUUUAACGUGGAUAAUAUUAUGGGACUGAAUGUGACUCAACGCUAACGCAAUCUGUUGUGAAUUUGCUGGUCACUACGGUGUCUUUGUUUUAUAAAGACUUGUACAUUUGUAAUAGUGUGCCUGUAAAUACUGUUUUCCUAUGUCCUACUCAAUCUAUGUAUUUUGGUAUCUGCCAUGGAUUAUGAUAAUUGCGUGAUGCUCACGUAUUAAAACAUUGUCUAACAAUUCA